AAUAAAAUAUGUAAGCAUAAACUGAAGAAAGCAUUCUAAGUGAUAGCAGCCUGCCUACAAGUAAUUCAUCCUGGAACAAGAACAGCCUAAGGGUGAAAAAUAAUGCAGUUUAUGUUGCUUUUUAGUCGUCAGGGAAAGCUUCGGCUGCAGAAAUGGUAUGUCCCACUAUCAGACAAAGAGAAGAAAAAGAUCACAAGAGAACUUGUUCAAACCGUUUUAGCACGGAAGCCUAAAAUGUGCAGCUUUCUUGAGUGGCGAGAUCUGAAGAUUGUUUACAAGAGAUACGCUAGUCUGUAUUUUUGCUGUGCUAUUGAGGAUCAGGACAAUGAGCUAAUUACCCUGGAAAUAAUUCAUCGUUACGUGGAAUUACUUGACAAGUAUUUUGGCAGUGUGUGUGAGCUUGAUAUCAUCUUUAAUUUCGAGAAGGCUUAUUUUAUUUUGGAUGAGUUUCUUUUGGGAGGGGAAGUUCAGGAAACAUCUAAGAAAAAUGUCCUUAAGGCAAUCGAGCAGGCCGAUCUGCUGCAGGAGGAUGCAAAAGAAGCUGAAACCCCACGUAGUGUUCUUGAAGAGAUUGGACUGACAUAAUUCUCCUCCCUUGUUGAUGACUUCUUGUGGCAUUUCACACACUGUAGAUGGUCACUGCCUUCAUGUCCAUGUUAGCUAAUGGUGUAAGAUGUCUUGUCAGUAUUACUGUUUCACUAAGCUGCUUCAUUCAGGCCUACACAAUUUUUUUUAAAGGGAAUUUUGGUUAAUCAAUUGAUAACUUAAGGGACUUACAUGAAUUAGAAUGAUAGAGAAAAAGAAAGGUACCUGGGUAUUUUAAGGUUUAUACGUCUGUUUCUCUUAAUUGGAUAUCUUAAGAAAAUGACAAUCAGGUUAAAUACAUUUAUUAAUUACUGUCUUUGGCAAAGGAAACUUACGAAGCCCAAAGCCAGUGCACUCCCAGUAUAUAUGAGAAUAAAGGGAAUUGACAUACCACAUAUCAAAUGAAUGAAAACUAUGUUGAAACUUUAAAAUAAAAACAUCAAAUUUAUACCAAAGACCCUAUUUGGAAACUACAUACCUAAAAACAAAGGGAAUACACAUAGACUAAAUUGGAAUUAUACCGUUUUACACUGAAAAUUCUUUGGCAUUCCAAACCUGGGAUGAAGAAGAGAUUGAUUGUUUGAUAAUGGUGAGCAUAUUAUUUUUAAGGCCAACGAACAUUUGACUCCUGAGACAAAUUUUGUGGUCAUAAUCAUUAAGUCACUUAGUUGGAUUUGGAUGCCCCAAAAUAAAAUAGAAUGUUGACUUGCCAGGAAUUCUUCAUGACAGAUUCUUAUGGAAAAUGUUACUCUCUUCACAAAGUGUUGACUAUGUCAUUUAAAGCACUAAGGUUCCUUCUGGGGUGCUUGUUGCAGCCAAAUUUAUUUUGCCCUCCUUUAUUGCUUCCUGCUACUUAGAAGUGCUAUAAACUUUAGGGAGCUUCCUGCCCUUCAAUAGCAAUGAGAAAUAGUUAUGAGAAAUCUUAUAAAAAUAUAAGCAUACCAUCUUUCAUAUAAAAGUGAGAGCUGAAUGAGGUAAAAUGGCAUUAGUAGGCCCUAUAUUUUAAAGAGCUAUUUCAAUGUCACUUUUAUACAUACUCCAUAUGUAAACACAUCUUCACGGUUUACACUUUCAUUUGUAUUUGCUGGGCUGGAUUAAGCUUUCUUGUGAUUGUGACCAAUAUUCAGGCCAUGUGUGCAUUGUCUUCAUCACAUCGCCAAUUAGUUGUAAUAAAUGUUCAAUGUACACUAUUGUAGUGUGUUUUUAUCUAUCUCUUCCCAAAAGCUUGUCAAACUAUGGAGAGUUGCUGAAGGAAAAAUUCUAAGGUCUUUUUUCAGUAACGUUGAAAAUUCACCUCCAUUUGAAUGUGGUGAUUGUUAAAAGCACACACAAGAUAAAUGGAAGAUAUAAGGAGUCUUCAUAUACUUCAAGUUCAUUAAAAAAUAAUGUGGAUUCCAUGCUACAGAGAGCCUAUCUGCACAUUUAUUUUCAAUCAAUAAAUGCCGCUUUUAAAACCUGA